UAAAGAGGCGCGGGCGCGCAGGGGAGGCAGCACAGAAGCGGGGUCCAUCUGUGCUCGCUGCUCAGCGUCGAAGACCCAGGAGGAUGAGGCUCACCGUCAGCGCCCUGCUGGCCUGCGGGAUCCUGGGGCUGUGUCUGGCUUCCUCUGACAAAACUGUGAGAUGGUGCACCACGUCAAAACUGGAGCAUGACAAAUGCAAUGAUAUGAGAAAUGUGCUUCCAGUCUUGUGUGUGAAGACAAAUUCCUACUAUGAUUGCAUCCAGGCCAUUGUAGAGAAGCGAGCAGAUGCUGUGACUCUUGAUGCAGGUUGGGUGUAUGAGGCAGGCCUGGCCCCCCACAACCUGAAGCCUGUCGUGGCAGAGUUCCAUGACUCAAAGAAUCCACAAACUGGGUAUUAUGCGGUGGCCGUGGUGGUGAAGGAUAGCGGCUUCCAGUUGAAGGAUCUCCGAGGCAAGAGGUCCUGUCACACAGGCCUAGCCAGAUCCGCUGGGUGGAAUGUCCCCAUUGGCAGGCUUCUCUGUGACUUGCCGGAGCCACGUGUGCCAAUUGAGAAUGCAGUGGCCAACUUCUUCUCCGGCAGCUGUGUCCCCUGUGCGGAUCGAAAUAAGUUCCCCAACCUGUGUCAACUGUGUGCGGGGCCAGACAAGUGUGCCUGCAACUCCCAUGAACGUUUUUUCGGCUACUCAGGCGCCUUCAAGUGUCUGCAGGAGGGUGUUGGAGAUGUGGCCUUUGUCAAGUAUGAGACCAUACUUGAAACCCUCCCAAACAAGGCCGACAGGGAUCGGUAUGAGCUACUCUGCCCAGACAACACCCGGAAACCCGUGGACGAAUACAAGGAAUGCUUCCUGGCCCGUAUCCCUUCUCACGCCGUUGUGGCCCGAAGUGUGGAUGGCAAAGAGGACUUGAUCUGGGAGCUUCUCAACAAGGCACAGGAGCAGUUUGGCAAAGACAAGUCAGGAGAGUUCCAUCUCUUCAGUUCCCCUCAUGGGAAGAACUUGCUGUUUAAGGACUCUGCUGAAGGGUUUCUAAAGGUCCCCCCUGCGAUGGAUGCCUGGCUGUACCUGGGAUAUGAGUAUGUCACUGCCAUUCGCAAUCUAAAGGAAGGCAAAUGCCCUGAGGAUGAAGGAUGCAGGAAGGUGAAGUGGUGUGCAGUGAGCCACCACGAGAGGGCCAAGUGUGAUGAAUGGAGUGUUAACAGUGCAGGGAAAAUAGAGUGUGAGUCAGCAGAGUCCACUGAAGACUGCAUUGCCAAGAUCAUGAAAGGAGAAGCUGAUGCCAUGAGCUUGGAUGGAGGAUUCAUCUACACAGCGGGCAAGUGUGGUUUGGUGCCUGUCCUGGCAGAGAACUACAAAGGUGACCCUGGUUGUACGUUGGAUGACUCAGGGUAUCUUGCUGUGGCAGUGGUUAAGACAUCAAAUCCUAGUAUCACCUGGAAGUCUCUGAAAGACAAAAAGUCCUGCCACACUGCAGUGGGCAGGAACGCCGGCUGGAACAUCCCCAUGGGCCUGAUCUACAACGAGACCAAAUCCUGUGCAUUUGAUAAGUUUUUCAGUGAAAGCUGUGCACCUGGCUCUGAACCAGAUUCCAACCUCUGUGCUCUGUGUGCUGGUUCACAAUCAAACAAGUGUGCUCCCAACAACAAGGAGAAAUACUAUGGCUACACUGGAGCUUUCAAGUGUCUGGUUGAGAAGGGAGAUGUGGCCUUUGUGAAGAAGCAGACAGUCCUGGAUAACACUGGCACGGGAAAGGAUUGGAAGGAGGAAGAUUUUCAGUUGCUGUGCCUGGAUGGCACCCGAAAGCCUGUGAACGAUGCUAACUGCUACCUGGCCCGAGUCCCAAAUCACGCUGUGGUCUCAAGGAAAGACAAGGCAGCUUGUGUUCGCCAGGUGUUACACAACCAACAGGAGCAGUUUGGAAGACAGGGCUCUGAGUGCCUUGCAGGCAGAUUUUGUUUGUUCCAGUCUGAAACCAAUGACCUGCUGUUUAGAGACGACACAAAAUGUUUGGCCGAACUUAAGGGCAAAACAACAUAUGAAAAAUACUUAGGAGAAGAGUACAUGACAGCUGUGGCUAACGUGGCACAAUGUUCAACCUCAAAACUCCUGGAAGCCUGCACUUUCCACAGAAGUUAAAACUCAAGAGGUGGGGCCACCAUCCAGAUGGAGAUGGGAGCUUCACUGGCCCAUGGGCUUUGUGCACCCCACCCCUGCUUUGUGCUGGGACCUCUCUCACUAGUCUGAGUGAAGUCUGUGCUAAUUACAUCCGCCUUCACAGUUCUCUGUUGCCACCUGUGCAGGACAUGAAAUAAAAAUUAUUA